CCUUCCGCCACUACUUCUCGACUGCGCAGGCGUAUCUUCUCCGCUCAGGUGGACUGUGGUGGAGAGUCAGGAUUGUAGCUCCAAGUAGCCGCUCGUGGUGCGCGUGCACGAACCCUCGGACUAGGCUGGCGAUGGCGACGGAAGAGGACAAGCGCACAUCCCCGGAGCCCGCGGAGCUGCCGGCCGCCGUACGCGCGAGCAUAGAGCGGAAGCGGCAGCGGGCGCUGAUGCUGCGCCAGGCCCGGCUGGCGGCGCGACCCUACCCCGCGGCGGCGGCGGCCACCGGAGGCAUUACCAAUAUAAAAGUCCCUCCCAAAAUGAUUGACACCAAAGGAGGCUUCAUUUUAGAAGAAGAGGAAGAAGAGGAACACAAGGCUGCAAAUGUUGUUCAUGAACCAGGGCCAGUCAUGGAGUUCGAUUAUGCCAUCUGUGAAGAAUGUGGGAAAGAGUUCAUGGACUCGUACCUUAUGAGCCACUUUGAUUUCCCAACAUGCGAUAGCUGCAGAGAUGCUGACGAUAAACACAAGCUUAUAACCAAAACAGAAGCCAAGCAGGAAUACCUUCUGAAAGACUGCGAUUUAGAGAAGAGAGAGCCCGCGCUUAGGUUCAUCGUGAAGAAGAACCCUCGUCACUCACAGUGGGGUGAUAUGAAGCUCUACUUAAAGUUACAGGUUGUCAAGCGGGCUCUUGAAGUCUGGGGUAGCCAGGAAGCACUGGAAGAUGCAAAGGAAGUGAGGCAGGAAAACCGAGAGAAAAUGAAGCAGAAGAAGUUUGAUAAGAAAGUCAAAGCGCUUGGUGGAUAUGUUCCUGUCCUGACUAGGCCACAGAGGGCUGAGUGGAGUAGACGGUAGAGUAGACUCGAGGAGCUGAUUGUGCAGUUGGCUCAGAACAGAGAGGAGUCAAAGCAAGUCUAAAGGCUUUUUAGUUGGAAAGAAAUUGGAACAUGGUUCCUCUUGAUGCACAGCGAAGCUGACGCAAAGCUUUCUUCUUUAUGAGAAGGUAAGCAAUUCCAUCCGCCCGCUUUUAACGUGUGGUUUAUGUUAGCAGUUAUAGCACUGAGUUUGCUGCAGACAAAGUGUGACCACCAUAAGUACAUAGACAAGUUCCGCAUCUCCAAGGCAGAGCCACACGCAGGCCCGUGGCUGCGCAGGGUAUCCGGGCUUUGAAGGACACAUCACCUAGCAGACGUGAACCCUGAGUUGGUGGGAUACACAGAAUGUUUUUGGUCUGCAGACUUUCUUGUCUUAACUAAGGUGGGACUAUGGGUGUUUCGUCCAUGUUACAUGCUUAGUUCCAGCAAUUUCUCUCCUGAAAGGCUAGUCAGCUAACCUUCAUUGUUACUAUGCAUGGCUCCCACCCCUGCAAGGGGCAGGUAAGGACAUCCUGUUUAGAGGUCCCUUCUGGGUGUGGGGGCAUUGCAUACUGGCCUGUGGAUAUAUUUAUGACUGUUGUGGAGCUUGAGGAGUUUGAGGGGUAGAAUUCCAACCUACUUAGUUCACGGAACACCAACUUGUAAUCUUUAUCCUCCAGAUAACAAGGGUACCUGUCCUCCCGCCCAGCAUGGUAGAAGUGUUGGGUCUCAGUCAGCUAGCUCUUCUGUAUGUUUACCUCAGAAGUAGCAGUGGGUUUGACUGCAGACAAAAAAUGUAGUUACUAAAAACAAGCUUUGAAGUAGUAUUGAUUUCUUUUUUUCACCACAACAAGCAUUUUGGGAAAAUCCCUUUGGGUGACCAUCCUAAGCAAUUUCUGAGGCUCUCCGUAGCAAGACUGGUUAUGCAUUUCUAGGAGAGGUAGUCUUUGGGCAUCAGCCGUCUACUGCCGACUAGGCGGCUGCAACACUGCAAGCCACUCACCAGGUUCUCCAGGCUCGCAUGGGCUCCAGUUUUGUACAGCAUAUGUACCCUGGUUUCGUUCCCGAGGUGUGUUAGACCUGCCCCCGCUUCUGUGUACUCUAACCUUUGUAUCUCAAGAGUCAACAAAAGAUAGUUGACUGCGUCUUUCAUGAGGGUUGUGAAAUCUACAAACUGUCCCUUAUGAAAGAUUUUUGGGGGCCAAUGAAAUGGCUCAGUGGGUAAAUGUGCUUGCUGCCAAUCCCACUAACCUGAGUUUGGUUCCUAGACCUAUUUGAUGGAAGAAGAGAACUCACUCCUGCCAAGUUGCUGUCUGACCUCUACAGAUGUAGUACAACAUUGUGGCAGGGCAAACACGCACAUGCACACACACACACACACACGCACGCACGCACGCACGCACGCGCUAUUUUUCCAAGUGUUGACAUUUGGCCAUUUCUAACCUUUUACACCCACAUACACUUGGCUAAGCCGUGAGUAACCUGUAUACAUUGUGAUCUUACAAAUCUCUGUGACUAAGCUCACCAUAAUCAAGAAAAUUAAAAAGCAAUUAUGUUGUUCCAGUGAUCCCUCUCACUUCUAUUAGACCCAGGAGCCACUGGGGUGCCACCUUUAAUGUCACCCGCAGCCAUUCUCUUUUGCCCCUGGGAACUUUGCUGCACCCAGACCAACUAACUAUGGGACAGUACACUCCUGCUCCUGGACUGCUCAACCUCUUGUUUUUGCUAAAUUAGGUUCAAGCCGAACGUCUGUGGGAGGAAUACUCCCUAGGAGAUAAAGGACACCAUUUGAGACCUGCCAGUUUAUAGAGGGAGGUGACAGUCAUCAUUCUCCACUAAACUACUUUCUUUUUGUAAUAACACGACACUGAACACACCACCAUUUUACUAAGUGGUUUUAGUAUAUGGAGAGAUUCUUAGCUGAAGCAGUUUUUGUGUGUGUGUGCAUUAUAAAUAGAGAUUGUUUUCUUUUGAAACAGAGCUUUCCCUUGGGCUCUACUAGUUUUCUUGAGACAAGGUUCACGUCGCCUGGAGUGGACUUGACCUUGUAGCAACUCUCCUGCCUUCCAAGUGCUAGGAUUACAGAUAAACCAUCACCAGGCCUGUUUUGUUUUGAGAUAGGAACUCUUCUUUGUAGCUCUGGCUGACCUGGAACUUGCUAUGUAGGCCAGGCUGGCCUCCAACUCAGAGAUCCACCUGCCUCUGCCUCCCCAGUGCUGAGACUAAAGGCAUGGGCUGCUCUGCCUGGCCUUGGUUUUGUUCUGUAAAGCAUCGUUUGGACUGCCGUGUGGGUUCUUCUCAAAUCAUGGCAGUGCAGGCUCCUCCUGUCACUCUUCAUUUUGAUGCUCAAAUACACAGCAUCAAAUUGUCUCAGGUUGGGCUGGCGGCGUCUCCUUUAAGCUGGCUCCUGUCUCUUCCUAAAGCCAUUUUUAUUUGGAAAGAAUUUCAGACUUGCAGAAAAUUGCUGGACUAAUGAACAGAGGACCACACACAUACACGCCUUUCCCAGACUGAGCUGUUCUCAUGUUGCCAUCUGCAUCAUGUGUGUGCUCUCACUGAAAACACUUUUCUGGACCACUCAAGAGUAUGUUGCGUAAUCACUACCUGUAUGUAAUCUAAACUGCUGUCUUCUGCUUCUGCUUACUGAGCAAGUGUUCCCCUCCUAGACUGAAUCUGGUGUAGGCUAAUGUUUUAAGCAUUGAACAGGUCUUCCUUCCUAACCUGUUCUGAUUUUCACUACCCUUGCCUUUUAUGCCACGGACAUUGUUGCAGCUUGUUCCCUUCUUCCACACUGUUUUGGGAAGUAAGGGUUUUCACUUUUGUGGAUUUUCUGAUAAUGGAGUAUCUCAAGCAGGUGCUAACUUUCCCAGAACAUCACAUCUGGAAGAUACACAGUGCCCAUCUGCUCUCAGUGGUAAUAAUUUGAUUUUUAUCCCAUAAACAAAUAUGCAAAUAACCACCCCUCCCAGCUCCUGUCAGCGGCUGUCCAGGGUGGACCCUGGAGCCAGAGCUACUGUGAUGGUUCAGAGAACAGCUCUGGCUCGUGCACUCGGGAGGCAAAUCUCCUAUUUUGAGGCCAGCCUGACCUACAGAGCAAGUGCCAAGACAGGCUCCAAAGCCACAUAGAGAAAUCCUGUCUCGAGAAAAACAAAACCUAUAAAAUAUAAACUGCCAGGUACUGGAGAGAUGGCCCAGUGGCUAGGAGCUCCCAGAGGACUUGAGAUUGCUUCCUAGCACCCAUGCCAGCUGCCUCACAGCCAGUGACUUCAGAGUCUGGGGCUGCUUAUUUCCCUUGAGACAUUUUGUUGUGACUAAUAUCAAAGCACUACUUGAAUCUGUUUCCAGCCAUAACAUAUCAUGGGUAAAAGCAAGGCAGGGUGACAUAGUGGACACUGGGCUAGGCACUUAGGACGCAUUUCCUCUAUAUCCUUUUGUGUAACUGCACACGUACCAGUGUUUCACAGACGGGCAAACCGAGACACAGGUGCAGUCCAGCCUUGCUGGCCCUGGGCAGCAUCCUCGCUGGGUCGUGCUGCCUUUCUCACCAUUCUGAGGCUUACAGGGUUCAGUGUAGCAUCAUCUGCCACAAGGCCAGUCACCCAGACUCAAAUCAUAGUCAUUUCAUACAUGAAGAGCCCGGCUUCUCAAGUGUAUGCAAAGCUGGCUGCUACCUGAGGGAGUCAGUGUCCCUCCUGACUGCAGAGGGGCAGCAGGCAUCUCCUGUGUGGGCUCCUGCUUCCCAGCUUGGCUGGGGAAGAUGUCCUGCCUCUCUCCUUGAUUUCCUCACUCUGAAAAUCCCUCAGUCAGACUAAGCUCGCUUCUCUGCCAGAUUUGAAUAUUAUAUGUACUUGGGGAAGAGGUAAGAAGAAUUAUUUUCUUCUCAUACAUACUACAUACAUUAAACACCUAGCUUUCCAGUCAUGACUGAAGACUGACAUUUUUUUUCUGUUCACUGACACGAAUGAUGCUGGAUCUCUAGAGCUUCCCAUAGACGUCCUGGUAGAAGGGAAGCAUGGGCUGGGUAUCACGUAUCCAAAACUCUUGCAAGUGAUUUAUGGAUAUUCUUAGAUUUUGAAGUACUUGCAUAUACAGAACAUGUCUUACUGAUGGAGUCUUUACAAAACACAUAGCUUGAUGUACCUUAAAUAUUUCUAGUGUCUGGGCAUGGGGUUUCCUUGGCAGUAUUUCAAAUUUUAGAGCACUUGAUUUUCAGAUUAGAGAUGUCUAAUGUGCUAUACUGUUAAGUUUGGGUUUUCUUUGCCCUUCUCUUUUCCAAACAAGAGGACCAAAGCCUAAGGAUAAGCAUGCAGAAGUAGAGCAGGCAGGCACAGAGCUAGGGCGCCACCAGGACAGGAAGUGGAGGGAUGGAAGAUGUAUCACUUCCUUACUAUUAAGCAUCCAGGUUCUCAGGUUCCUCCCUGCAUAAAAUGAGCCCUGAAAUUUGGAGGAUUAAAAUGGGAUAUAUCAGCAUGUACUCAGGGUUUUUUUUUUUUUUUUGUAUACAAGGAUCGGCAUACAUACUUUGCAUAUGUUCAGCUUGUCAAAGGGCAUAAACGGCAGCCCAUAUAUGAUGAAGUCCCCAGUGGACCAAAUCUGAGCUCCAAAUUAAAGACAAAUGAACAGACGAUGCUGGAAAACUCAGGGUACUGAUGCUGUAGUCUGCUGGCUGACUUUGCAGCUCUGGCAGACUAUUCCGUCCCCCCAAACACACCCCAUUCUGUUGUUUUUGUUGCUACACUUCUAACCAACCCACACAGCCACUUCUGUCAGUUCAUACUGCUUGACAAUGAAGAGAGCAAUUGCAGACUGAGCAGGCUUGCCACAUUUGUGCAACCAACACAAAGAGCUAAAGGAAACCAUUAUACACAUCACACACAUAAAUACCAAUGAAAGCCUUGUUAAAUUUAUUUUGUAUUCAGCUGAAAAACUUUUCUUGCCCCUUAGAACUGCGGCGAGCAGUAAGAAGCAGUGUGUGGAAAAGAGAAACAGCCGCUCACCAUCAUGAGUAUGGACCAGAGGAAAGCUUAGAAGAUGACAUGUUCCGCAAGACUUGUACCUUGUGUGGCCACGAGCUGACGUAUGAAAAAAUGUGACUUUUAAAAAUUUAUAUUCAAAUAAAGGCUCUCUUCAGAUA